UUCUGCCUCCAAUUAAAAAAUAUCUUGGAAACAAAAGGAUGAUUGCUGCAAGGUAUAGGUUAAAUAUACUAAUUAAAAACAGGAAUCAAAUUCAGCUGUGAAGAAAACCUAAAAAAGAAAAAUCAUAACUAUUUUUCUAAUGACCCCUCAUUAGCCUUUCCUAUACAGUAGUGUGCAGCUCAUUAAUACUCCAUUCUCUUUAUACGAUUAAUGUAGAAGAGGAACAGUGUUGUAUACCAGUAAAUUGAAAGAUUGGCACCCAUUCUGUUGACUCAACUGUUAACCACUUGAGUUAUAUAUAAUAAUAUAUGUUGCAUGACGAUGAUAGAGAAAUUUAACAAAUAGUAUGCUUUGCAUUAAAACAUACCUCUUGUCUAGUACGCACACAAACUAAUUGUUGCAUGUGAUAUGUUAUUCAUUUUUAUAAAUCAUUUAAAGUGAAAGAUACUAUCAGUGAUGGUAUCACAUAACAAGCAGCUAUGCUGUGGUACUGAGUUUGAUUACAAUUUUUAGAUUGUUAUUGACACAAAUUUUGAAAACAUUCAGUUUACCUUGUCUUUAAUGAACAACAUAUACUGCAUGGUAUGAAGUGGUGUGUGCUACUUGUAAUUUCCAUUUAUGAAAGCACUCCCAAAGUCUGGGCCAUUGUAACUAUUGAGGUUCAGUUAGCUUCUACACCUGCAACCCCCACUUAUAAUGUUUGACAAUGGUGAUAUUGGAUUCACCCAAAAUUGCACAUUGGUUGUGCUGACACUUCUUUAUUACCAUGUCAGGCAGGUGACAAGUGCUAGGUGCACUAUGUAGGCAGAUCUUGAAUAAUCUUGCCCAGUUUUUGUUACUCAGAGGUUGGCAUUAUAAGUAACAAUAAAGAAACAAACCUCUUCUCUGUUAUUACUCCCUUUGGUUGUCAACCAGUUACCCUCCAUGUAAAACGUGAAUUUAUAUUUUAUUUAUUGACUAAUAAUUUAGAAAAUAUAAAGCAAGAAACUAUUAUAUAUAUAUCAUUGAAACUGAAUUGAUAAGUAUUUUUAUACACUUAACACAGAAAUAUCCUAGAUGUACAACAGCUUUGGGCGUAAACCAACGAUGACUGCUACACUUGCAGCAGUUUUGAAGCGAGUUUGCAUCCCUCCUGAGUCAUAAACGUUUUUAAAAAUGUCUCAGUUGAAUCCAUUUCAUUUCUGAUUAAUAUUUUCGCUUUCAUUCUUUCCAUCACAUCUCCGCCCAGCCACGGUCUUUUUAAAAAAAAAUCUCAUCACAAGCUGCUGUCAUGAACCUGCGAUACUGGUUUUGCUACAGAAAGAUAUGAGCACGGAGCUACAUAUAUGUAACUCCAUGAUGUGAGUUUUAGAGUAAAUUCAUCGAUUUUGUUAGAAAGAACUGUAUUUGACAGACUGGGAGCUGGCAGGUCUCUUUACUCCAACAACGAUCUCCAAAGCACGCGCCAUGAAACCCGUUGCUAGGCAGCUAAUAAACAAACAAGUGUUCAAGAGCUUUUGUUAAAAUAGGAGUACGUGCAAUGAUCAAACAUCAGUGUCAACGCACCCCUCUGCUCCUCUUUUUUUUUUUUUUGCCUUCAUUCACGCAGCCAGGCCAUUGUAUGAAUCAAAAAUACGAUGAAGUCCAUCGCCACUACAGACUUGGGGUCCACCUAAUGCCCCGUUUCCCACCCGCUUUAGAGUUUUUGAGUGAGAGGUGCUAGCACGAUAUCUGCUGUAGCAAUAAUACUUAAAAAUAUCACGCCAAAUACUAAAGGAUGCACACAAUUCCUGUAUAUACCAAGCACCUUGUGUCUGGCUGUCACGGGAAUGGCUAAUCCAUUAGAAAGUAACACAAAGACUCUAUAUUAUAUAGAGUCCUUCGUAACACUUCACUGAACUAUGGCAACAAAGGUGGAAUAAAUGCAACGACUACAUCGGUUCGGUGAUGAAACGUAUAACAAAAAUAUAUUUUAAAAAAAGAACACUUAUGCACCCGGAUGCACACUAUGUCCCUAGGCGCUAGAUCCCUUGUGCGACUCGGCCAGCUAAAACGAUUACGCAAAUUAGGUCCGAGACAUGGAGCAUAGCUGUGGCUCUACAGAGCGAGACUGGCUGACAUCGUCAAAACAAAAUCUGGUCAGCCCAGAAAGUCGAACUUGCCCUCCGUGAAAAAGAAGGAAACGAGGAGCGUAGUUCCUUGGUUUUGCGCUGAAAGAAGGUACAUGGUGCUAGGCGCUAACUGGAUAGCUUGUGACUAUUUUAACAGACUACUUCGCGUUAGGUGUUUGCACUUAGCAACACAUUGCAUGUGGACCCAGGUGUUUUGUUUAAAGCUCGUUCUCACAUAAAUUGGGCGUACACAUCAGCUUCAAUCAAGCAUUACUGCCGCUUUUCAAAUUGUCCACCUUAUACACACACGCGCGCGCGCACACACACAUAAACUAUAACCGCGCCACUGCAGUACGCUCAAAGUGCUCGAGCUUUAUUGUAUCACAGGUAUGGGUGUGGAUCACCUCACGACAGCAUGCAUAGCGCGCGAAGUAGGUCCUUUCAGCCAUGAAAACCACGAGCAAGCAGGUGGCGCGCUAUUUCCUCGAAUGAAGGUGCGCGCUCUCUUAUGCAGUAGUCGCAGUCGUAGCAACAAUGAAGCGCAGCGUUGAAUUUUUGCAUGCAGAUGACGAUGAUGGUGACAGCGGUUGUUGUUAAGCGCUGUGGCAGCAGCAACGGCGAUGGCCAUAUCACGGCGUGACGGCGACACCAACUUCCUGGACACGCUAAUUGUUGAAUACCAGGGACCGAAGGUAGUCUAAGCAGCUUGGGUAGCCAUCCGUUCACCAUGAAGCCGAGUCCGCAGCGAGGCGCACCCGGUACCUUACACACGACUUGGACCAGGGCGUCCGACUCUUCCCAAGCUUCUCAUCCCUCCGAGUUCUAUGUCUUCGCGGACGCCCGUUCUUCGCCGCCGCCAGUAACCGGCGGUGACCGCUCUCGUAGACUGUUUAGCAUGGAGGCUGGCACCAGGCAGCGUAACCGACGCAAUGUUCUUCUGCACGGUACCACUCGAUCCCUGCCAGAGCACCACCACCAAGGCGGACAUCACGCCGUACCGGGAAAGCGCAUCCACUCUGCCCACGACUAUCAUCACCUUACCGCUCCACGCCGCUUUCAUUCCGCCGGUGCCACCUUGACUCGGGUAGCGGCAGCGACUGCGGAGCACAAGGGGAACUCGUUGUCGUUCUUUGACAUCGAGAUGGACAAGUCACCAUUCUACCAGUACAGACCCGGCGAAGAGAUCUCUGGGGCCGUGCACAUUGACGUGCGGCGCGCGGUCGAAAUCCGCUUUGUCGAUCUGCUCAUCGUGGGAGAAGGGACAGUAGUCGGUGGGGGACAAAGCAAGGCCUGGCCUCUAGCCAAGCAGGAGGUCUACCUCAGCAAGAAAACCUUUCUCAUCGGCACCGACGAUCCUAGAUGGAGCUCUGUUCUAACUCCGGGUCACUACCUCUCGAGGUUUCGCUUCCGCCUACCGAAAGACCUGCCGUCGUCCAUCAUGCACGAUGACCUAUCGAGUGGAUUCGCUCUCAACAUCAGUUACUGCAUCAAGGCCAGGAUAUGUGACGACGUAGACCCGGCCAGCGCGACCCGCCUAGUGAAGGUGCUGGCGUCCCGCAAACACCCCUUCAGCGUUCUGCGCCACUUCGACCUCAACCUCGUGCCCAACGCCCACGUGCCGGUGUCGCACACGGAGGAUGUGGCCAUGACAUCGUGCGUGCGCCGUAGGAUGCUACACGUCUCGCUAGCCCUCGAGCGCGCCGUCUUCCUUGCCGGCGACGACAUCAAGCUGCAGCUGUACACGCUGGUUCCGCCACCCCAUCGCAUCAAAAGCCUCACCUGCCAGUUGCUGCUGCAGCUCCGGCUGGGCCGUCAGGCCGAUCCCUGCACCUUCACGCUCUCCAGCAUCGAGCACAAGGACCCUCAGACGUUCAACAAGGAGAAGGGCAUGGCAACCUACAAUGUGACAAUCCCUACACAGAUCAACCUUGUCACAUCUUUCCUACACGGAUGCACCAUGCUUCGGCUCAGCUACUGCUUGGCCAUUGAGUUCCGACUGGCCCCGGGCAGCGGGAAACUGUCCCUUAUGAUCCCCAUCGCCAUUGGACCGUGUGCUGAGCCCAUCUAUUCCGACAAGAUCUCAUCCAGGAAAGCCGUGCCUGUCUUCAACCGCCCCAUGCGUUUUCCCUUCUUCUCCCCAACGCAAGGAGAAAGGCAACAACUGCCUGAUCAAAGCUCGGGCAGCUCUCGGUCUGUGCUGAUUGUGACAAAAUAUAGCAACAGUUUUUGGACACGGAAUUUUAUAUGUUGCACUGCUGAUGCAAUCAUAGACUAAUAUUCUGACACACCUAUUUGAGAAACUACUACAAAGUCAUAAGCAAUUAAAAUCAAAAUUUGUAUACAUAAAGGCAUGACAACAAAAGAGGGGUGAAUAGCUAUGCAGAGUUCAACUUGCUUUACUUCAAGUCUCAAAAGAAACUAUUGAUAAUAAGGCUAGACCAAAAAACAAAGAAAAAAAAAAAAAAAACAAAGAAAAAUAAGCUGACUUAAUAAAAGGCACCCAGACUACUUUCUCAGAACUCUGGUGCCUUGGUCUUUAAACCUGGGAGUGAUAAGACUAAACGAUGCCUUGAAAUAUCAGAGGUUACAGGGCACCAGGAACAAAGACUGUUUUAGCUAGUGCAAGCCUGCUUAGGUCAGUCUCAAACCUUUCUCUAGGUCCUUCCCCUACAAAUCUAAUUAGUCAGAUGAAACAUGGUUUUAAAAGAAUGCACAGCACAUCACUAAACCCUCUGCUGUCAUUAAAGUCCUUUUUCUCGGCUCUUACUAUUAAAGAUGCAGAAGGAAAUUAAUAAUAAUAUAAACGCAAAAAAAUCUCAAAGCACUACAUGAAUUAAAACAACGAUCUGACAAAGGAAGUGGCCUGUUUCUAGCAAAGUUUUCAGGUACAGAAUAAAAGUGACACCCAGACUCCUAGCAGCUCUCAGCAAUCAAUCAAAAAUUGACAACUAUAUGUUGUUGCUGCCACCACCACCACUACUAUCUACUAGUACCACUGCUACAACUACAAAUUCCAGCUGCAUCAAAAGACUGUCAGAGAAGAGAAAGCUAUUUUUGUACUGAGCUGAAGAGAUUGCAUCUAUGCUAAUAGCAGUUACUUUCUUCCCAAGAUGACUAGCUACACUAACUGUGAACAUAAUCAACUCUUUUUUUUUUUGAGACCAUUUUUAUUAUUCUGCAUUUUCACACUUUUUGUUAAGCACUAGAAUUUAAUGGAGGGGUAAAGUGCUCUGUAAAUUAACUUUGUUACUACACAUACUUAUACAUGCAAAAAUAUACUCAUAUUCAUAAAUCAGCUCCAAAUGUAUAUUAACAGCAGCCUUUUAAAAUGAUCACACUUUCUACAUAUGAGACACAGGAGCAGCAAGAAAACUUGUAUGAUCAAUGAUCAAGGUGAUUGUCUAAACUUUGCGCAAUGUUUGUAAAUCAUAAAGAAAUAGAAAAACAACCUCAGAGCAUCUCUUAACAUAACCACUUGUCUGAAAAUGGGGAAAUUGUUGCAUUCACAAACAAUGAAAUGAAAGGAAAAAAAAACCCAGAAAUAAACAGUGAAAAAAGAAA